CCGGAGCCAUGACCAGCCUGAAACCCAAAGCAGACAGACAGAGUGAUGAUGCCGACGGCCCAGAUGGAAGCUGGGGCUGGGUGCUGGUCGGCGCCCUCUUCGUCAGCACGGGCCUCGUGUUCGGCCUGAUGCGUAGCUUGGGGAUCUUCUUUGUAGAGUUUGUCGAGUACUUUGAAGAGAGCGCACAGACCAUUUCCUGGAUCUCGUCAACAGGCCUGGCGGCUCAGCAGUUCUUCAGUCCCCUGGGCACAGCGCUGUGUAACGCCUACAAUGCCCGGAUGGUGGUGAUGGCGGGGGGCUGUCUCGCCGGGCUUGGCCUCAUCCUCGCCUCACAGGCCACCUGUGUUCUUCACCUCUACCUCACUAUGGGUCUCAUUUCUGGUUUGGGCUGGGGGCUGGUCUUCACUCCCAUGGUGGCCACAGUCAUGGCUAACUUCACUCGGCAUCGCGCUCUGGCUUUGGGACUGGCGUUCUCCGGUAUCGGCAUCUCCUCUUUCGCUUUCAACCCACUCUUCCAGCUGCUGGUGGAGAUGUAUGCCUGGCGAGGGGCCCUACUGAUUCUGGGGGGGCUCAGCCUCAAUAUAGUGCCAUGUGGGGCUCUCAUUCGCCCACAGCGGCGCUCUAAAGCUCGCCAAAAGGUGGAUGCAAGGAGCAGAGUGUCGUGUGCUGCUGUGCUGCGACAGGUCUCGUCCUACCUAGAGCUGCCGCUGCUCUGCGAGAGGCCUUAUGCCACCUACACCUUGGCCAUCGUGCUUCUUAACAUCGGCUACUUUGUGCCAUAUUUCCACCUGGUGGCCCAUGGCCGCCAAGCUGGCUUUUCAGAGUACCAAGCUGCAUUUGUCAUGUCAGCUGCUGGUGCCACUGACAUUUUGGGCCGUGUAGUGUCAGGCUGGUUCUCUGACAUGGGGCACUUUCGGCUGAUUCAUUUACUGAGUUUUUGGGUCGCACUGGCGGGAGUGUUCAUCAUGCUGCUGCCCGUAAGCUCCUUGUCUGGUUCCUACGCUGCGCUGGUGCUGAUCAGCCUCCUCUAUGGCUUCAGCUCUGGGGCGCUGACCUCUCUGGCCUUCGCUGCGGUGCCCCUGAUUGUGGGUGUGGAGCGCAUGAUGGGGGCCCUCGGGCUGCUGCAGCUCCUCGAGAGUGCUACGGGACUGCUGGGGGCACCUCUGUCAG